GUAAGUCAAAGUUGUUGGUUCGAGAACGAAAACAAAGAUUUUUUAAAAGAUAUUUGUACAGUUUUGUUGCUAAAACCUCGCAUGGAAUCGAAACUAGAUAGUUACCGGAAAACUAAACGUCGACAAGCGGUGCUGAACGACGUGAAAGACCUUCUCUACAACAUGGUUUCCUUCCAGCAAGUCCGUGCCGAGGAGAAAGCGACCCACGUCACAAUCGAAUCCGAUAGUGCGCCACAAACCGAGGAACCAGCUACGGCCAAAAGUUCAAAAGUCAAAGUAAAAGUUAAGCGUGUCCCACCCGCAAGUAUACGGCCUGCCAAUUCCGAGGAAGAAUUUUCCGAUCAACAAGCGGAAGAGAGUGACGAAACGCCCGCCAAACCGCGCUCCCUGCUCACCUACCUUACGUACCUGGUGUACCUCCUGUUCUGGGUCACACUCUACGCUAUCGCGAUCGAGCUGCGGUUCGGGGUGGUAUUUCUGAUGCUGUCGGCACUGUUCGGGAUCUACUUCAACACCCGGACGAGAAAGGCUCCCGGAGAGAUCAGCGCGUACAGCGUUUUCAACAAGAACUGUGAAGCCAUCGAUGGCACACUGAAGGCUGAACAAUUUGAACGAGAAAUAGGAAUAAGGCACUGAUUGUGGUCCAAGUGACGAUAAGCAAUAGCAAAUAUAUAUAUAUUUUUGU